CGACGGGGAGACUCCGUCCCCUGGAACUGACCCAAUCUAAACCCCAGCAACUCGUGCUCCCUUGUACUCAGUGGUUUUCCAUUUUUUCCUCUUUGGUUGCCGCAGUUCAGUUGAAUCACUAGGUAUUUUCAGCCCUGCUCAGCAGAGCCGCCACAUGGACCAUGGAAACACCAUGUGAACCAUCCAUGAUGUUGUCCUGAGGCACCUGCCCUGGGGCCAUAGUGCCUUUGGACAGUCCGGCAGCUGUCAAUAACCUUCGCGACCAUGGUCUCGUCAUCAGUCUCGUCAGAAUCAUCAGACAAAUGUUUAAGGGGAAACGCUAGGGAGCCAUCGUUGAGGAUUUGAUGUAGGUUGGUCAACGAACGGCCUGGGAGCCGAGUCUGGGUCCCGAGAGCUCCUUUCAAGGGGGAAGCUUCCAAAAUGCAAAACCAGCUCGCGACAGGUGUCAGGUCCCAUCACCCUCACUCCUCGCUCGCUUCCAUUUCACUUGCUUGACAUUCCAUGUUUGCUGGGAAAGGUCAAUUACCGCCGAGACAGCUGAGGUAUAAGUUCUCUUUGGCUUGCCUCUUGACCAACUGCUCAUCUCCCAUGCAGUGCCGCCACUGGACUCUCUGGUUAUAUCCCUUUCUAUCGGACCUUAAUUCAUGCCAUUCGUUCAAAGCUUGGUUUACUUUCCUUUAUUCAUACUCCACAAUUCUCUGGUUUAGUCAUUGCAUACGCCCGUUGGGGACUUCAAGGUCUGGCCAGCACAUUGUUGGGAACACAUAUUGCAACAUCAUGUCACUGCUUAAGUUGCCGUACGAGAUGGUCAGCUAUGUGCUGGACGAGCUCGACCUGGACGACGUUUGGCAAUUAAGUCUCACCUGCAGGCAUCUGAGGUCUCUGGUGACAGAAUCGAACACAGCAAAACGACUGCUUGAGAGCAAAGCACCGGCAGCGACAGAGACUCAAAACGCCCGCGUUACCAAAAACUAUGCCCACGAACUUCGACGCUUGCUGAAGCGCCGCCAGUCCAUCUCUUCGGUCACCCCCUACUUGGCUGCUGUCGUUGGCUUUGGCGAGGACUGGAUAUACCGAAAUGGCGUGCUCUGUUAUAUCCGACAGGGCCAACUACGAAUACUGAACCUCCAUGGGUCCGCAGCCGACGAAGUCGUUGUCAACAUUCGACUCCUUCUUGAUGAAGCAAUCCCCGGAUCUCGCAAGAUACGCAAAUAUCGCCUUCGCCCUCUCAACGUUUCGAAUAACAUCGUCUCCUGUUUAUACUACUAUAAGACGCCCUAUGCGAAUGGAAAUCAUUGUGAUUCGUUCUAUGAGGGUUCGCUCGUUGUCUUCAGCGCUCAGGCCCACAAGAUCCUCACUGUGGAACAUCUACUGGAUCUCGAACCUAACAGGCUCGUGGUACGAAACAAUGACGAGGCCCUUUUUCUCAUCAGAAGAUCUCGCUUACAUGGAGGACGAGUGGUGUUGUGGAACGCUUACAACAUUCCAGCCGACAGAUGGCACCGCCCUCCUCAUUUUCCCUGGUAUACCUUCAACUUUCAGCCAUUUGAGAUGGACAUCACCCAGUGCUUUGAAAUAUUCAAUGGUCACAUUUACUCGCUUUCGAAUUACAGCGAGCUCGAAGAGGAGGAAGCCGAUUGGGUCUCGUCUUAUCAUUGCCUAAGAGUUCCUUUGUCUUUCACUGGUAUGUACAAAGUCAAACCCGACGAGCUGUUGCGGAGAAAUCAUCUGGAUGGGCCAAUGGACCACAGGUGGACGUUUAUGAAAAUGUUCAAAGAUGAAGCAACGGGUGAAAUCAAGGUCGUGGAGUCGCGAAGAGAAUGGAUCAAAGGGAGCUCAUCCACGACACGUACUUAUUAUACAACUACGAUCAAAUGGCCUAGCGAGAAUGACAGUCACUCAAUUUUCGACUCCAAGGAAGGUGGCCUCAAUGGAAGCAAUACCAGUGGAGCCGACUUCAGUGGAAACAGCUCAAGCCCAGGUUACCAGGGUAGUUCAGGUAAUGAAUCUGACCAAGGUAACGCUGAAAUUCACCCAGACGAUAGCAGCCCAGAACCUGGUGACUCGGAUUCGAAUCAUCAACGAGAUGACAGGCCACCUAGAAUCCUACCUCCCCGGGACCCUCGAGAUGUCCAUCCUGGAGAUGACAGCUCUAAAGGACCGGUGUUUCUUCGCAACAAAUGCCCGAUUCUGUCAUAUCAUCCGUCGUGUCAAACGUUUCUUGACCUAGUGGACGACCCAUCACCUUCGAAUCCGGGCAAGCAGCGGAUGCGCAUCCGUGGAGGUACGCGACAUCGCCGAAGGCCGGAAGAAAUUGACGAUUGGAGCGGCUGUUCGAAAGCAAAAAGUUUAUCAUCAGUUGCGGAGACACACUUCGAGGAAGUAUACAAAAUGUACAAACACGAAGAGCCCAUUUCUUGGCCACCCAAUCAGGACCCCGAAUCCCCCAACCCAGCUUUAGCCCAACUCUACGAAAUUCUCAGCCCACCGAACUACGUCGGCGAAAUCACUGGCGAUUGGGACGAGCGUUCGUUUGUGUAUGCUGCGGGUGCGUCUGGCGGCAGUAAGCAAAAGGCUCUUGUCUUCAUCUCCUUUGACCCGUCCAUUUCACUCGCGGGAACUUUGCCAUACCCAGGUCAUAUGGUGUUUGGUCGACCUCAAUCGCUCGACACAACCCGUUCGAGAAAUACUGCGAGUGACAACUCUACCGCUCAUCAGAACCAUGGCGAAGGAGUAAAAAGGGGCAGGCAGUUAGGAAGGGCAAAGCAAACUCCAAGGGGGAGGCAGACGGAAAGGAACGCACCGACGGAGGCAACACAGGUGCAUAGCACCAAGACUGAUGCUUUCUGGUGCACCAUUGAACCAGCACUGUAUCAGACCAUCCGAAAGGGAUUUCAUUUCUGCGUCUGAGACAGACAGACGGGCACAGGUCAGGACCACACAUGAAGACCGGGCUGUAAUGCAUUAAUGGUAUGAGAUGGUUUGACAGAAAACCGUAUACUCAGUGUGUAUCAACAAAUAGCAGUUUUGCUAUCGUUAGCGAACAAAACCAAUAGCGACUCAUAUCAC